CUCCCAAACAAUUCAAGCUCCCGUUCCUUCUCUUCCACCGCUAACAAGAUGCCGGCCGUACAUCACAAACUGCUCCUGGAGGAAGCUUUGCAGGACAGUCCUCAGACUCGCUCCCUGCUCAGCGUGUUUGAGGAAGACUCUGGGACGCUGACAGACUACACCAACCAGCUACUGCAAUCGAUGCAGCGUGUAUUUGGAGCCCAGAGUGAGAUGGGAUUGGCCACGGAGCAGCUCUCACGGCAACUUCUGGAUUAUGAGAAGAAAAAUUUUGCCCUUGGAAAAGGUGAUGAAGAAGUAAUCGUCACGCUGCAGAACUUUGCCAAAACUGUAUCGGAGCUGAACUCGCUCCACUCUGAGCUAGCCAACCAGAUGGCUGACGGUAUGGUUUUUCCUUUGAUCCAGUUCAGAGAGAAAGACCUUACAGAGAUCGGCACACUCAAGGAAAUAUUUGGCAUCGCCACCGAUGAGCACGAGGCAGCGAUGGUCAAAUACAGCAGAUUGCCCAAGAAGAAGGAGAAUGAGAAGCUGAAGUCGGACUUGGUGAAGGAGGUGGCGUACACGAGGAGGAAGCAGCACCAAGGCUCACUGCAGUAUUACUGCGCCCUCAACGCCCUGCAGUAUCGCAAGAGAGUCGCGAUGCUCGAACCCAUGCUUGGCUACACAAAGGCACAGAUCAGCUUCUUCAAGAAAGGCAUCGCGUUGGUGUCAAAGAAGAUGGACAACUUUCUUUCCUCUGUGUCCAACAUGACUCAUAAUAUCCAGGCCCAGCUAGACGUAGAAGCAGAGGCCAUGCGUGGGUCCCAGAGGGAGUUCCUGUCUGUGGAGGACACGGUCUAUAUGCCAGAUAUGGACACUGAGCCGGUCAACCGCACACUCAUCCAGAAGGCUGGCUACCUCAACAUUAGGAAUAAAACGGGGCUAGUGAGCACCGCCUGGGACCGACUGUACUUCUUCACCCAGGGAGGGAACCUCAUGUGUCAGCCGCGUGGGGCGGUGGCGGGGGGGAUGGUGCUGGACCUGGACAACAGCUCUGUCAUGGCUGUGGAGUGUGAAGACAGACGCUACUGUUUACAAAUCACUUCCCCCUCUGGAAAAAAGUCGAUGAUUCUACAAGCGGAGAGCAAGAGGGAGUAUGAAGAAUGGAUUUGUACUGUGAACAACAUCUCCAGACAGAUCUACCUGACUGACAACCCAGAGGCUGUGGCCAUCCGACUAAACCAGACCGCCAUCCAGGCAGUCACCCCCAUCACCAGCUUUGAGAAGAGGCCAGAGGGCUCGCCCAACACUGACCGGGCGAAGCCAGGAGGGGUCCACGCUGCCAGUGGCGGUUCCCAGAGGACGGCGGCUGCUCCGGAGCCAGAAGACCUGAUAGCCCCUGGGACCCCCAUUCAGUUUGACAUCAUGCUGCCGGCCUCCGAGUUUCAGGACCAGAACAGGUCCGGGGGGAGACGCACAAAUCCGUUUGGAGAAACGGACGAUGACUGCUCAACAGAAAGUGACGACUCCCUCCUGCAGCAAGUGUUUGCCGUGCGCUUCCAAGGCUCGAUGGCGGUGCGUUACGGCAACAACCAGGAGGUGAUCUUCGAGGCCAUGAGGCAGGUGCUGGCUGCCCGAGCCAUCCACAACAUCUUCAGGACCACCGAGUCCCACCUCAUGGUCACCAGCAGUAGCCUCAGGUUGAUUGACCCUCAGACCCAAGUUACCAGAAUAAGUUUCCAGCUCGGAGAAGUGGUCCAGUUUGCGGCGCACCAGGAGAACGGGAGGCUGAUGGGCUUCGUGGUCGAGGGCCGAGACUGGAGCGACGGAGAGGAAGAGGGAGAGCCUUCGUUUAGCGCCUUCGUGUUUGAGAGCAACACGGAGGGAGAAAAGAUAUGUUACACCAUAAACUUGGCGAAGGACAUUACAGAAGCCAAGAAGGACCCAGAGGCCCUGGCCCAGCUGAUGAAGAACAUGCCUCUAACUAAUGAUGGCAAAUUCCUGCUGCUGGAGGCGGAGACGGGCGACACGACUAAUGGAGCAGAAGAAGACCUGGAGUCUGAAGCCUAGCCCGGUCAGGACCCCAACAGACCAACAAAGACCAGGGCCCGGUCCACCUCUCGCCCAGGAGAGAGGGGACAUCCCCUCUCGGCUACAGUAACACCCAUAUUAGAGAGCAGUUCACUUCCACUUAUCCCGUGUUACUAAAUGUCCAGUUUUUUUGCUGAAAUGAAAACAGGAAAAAGCCGAUCCAAUGGGCGCUUCAUUGGAUCGGCUCUUCUGUGGUCCGACUGUUGCAUGAGUCUUUGGAUUUGGAGUCGUUUGGAGCUAACUGGGUGGUACUUCCACCAAAAGGGACACUAUAUAUAUUUAUAUAGGUACCGAUUGAGAUUCAUUGUCUUCUAAUAUCCCCAGCCGUCUAACAGAAGGCGGUGAAUCCUUUUUAGUUUUUAGGUUGACAUAGUUUGGAGAGUUUAUCCUUUAACUUUUGUUUUUACACAUUAACCUAUAUGUAAGGCUCUUCUUAUGCAACUACUUUGGUGUUUAUUUUCUUGUUCGUGUACGAAAAGGUUAUUGCAAUUCCAAAACCAUGAACACGACGAAGGACUCUGGAUGGGUUGAAGUCACGCGGGUCGUCGGGCCGAGCAGCGACCGCUGCGUUGCUUCUUAUCGUUUCUGUGCGGACGCCACGAGCGCGUGACGAAACGCCUUUGGUUCUUACGGACGGGGCAUCGCGACGAUCUCGAGCAUUCCCACGAAAACUUAAUUGAUGUCAUAUUUAUUUGUUCUUCAAUAUGCUAAAUAAGUCCGAGAUGACGUGUAUGCAAGGUGCUCUUUGAGCAGCCCACGUAUUCUGGAGUAAAACUAGAAGCUCGUGCGAUGUUUCUCGAAAGGCUCUGUAAAUACGAGCCGUUCCGAGUGUCUGUGCGAUGUCUGCUGGGAGUCGGCUACGCGAAGAGGCGAUAUGCUACGGCUGAUGCGGCGCAUGAUUAAAUAAUGGCGUUCUCUUCUCUCCGUCCCUUUAGCAGAAGAAUACAUCUUCGCCGACCUGUCGAAGUAAAACAACUUCUUACCGACGUGUCGCAUAUUGCAUGUGGGCAGACGCCAGCGGGGCAAAGCAAACCUCAAAAGGGAAGCGACUGAUGGGUGGAAUUCUGCCUCUCAUCGCGAUGUCAGUGCAGUAUUAUUCCAUUUGAGCUUCACCACUAAUCUCAUGGCCGGUGGAGGCUCGUGCGCCGUGUGUGUGAAUGUGACACGUUUCUGUACCGCUGUCCUGACGGGGUCAAAAGCACGGCCUUGACGUUGAUCGUGAAAGUUGCAUCGUGUUGACCAGCUUGUCGGCUCUUGGUAAAAUCAGACUGGGAUGGAUUCUAGCUUGAGGACCACCUGUUGAAAUGUUUAGUUUGAAUUGAUUAUGUUGGAUUGCUUGUGACACUGCUCACGGUCAAAAGGUUGACGGUUGUGAAAUACACUUAUUUGCUUUCUGGUGUAAAGUUAGAGGAAGAUGGAUUCUCUUCUCGUCCGAACUCUGUGCCUGAAAGCUAAAAAGUGUGUUUCCCUAAAUGUCGAACGUUCGCUUUAAGCCAUAACGGUUAACUCUUUUUUUGUUUUUUUGUUGCCUGGAUGUGAAUGCGCAGCAGCGGGUCUUCUGAUGCUUUAAAUAAUGUCGUCCUUCCAAUGACCUUGUACCGUCAUUCCUUUUAACACUGGUUGAAAUCGCACCAUUAAUAAAACGACAGCGAUGCAAACAAACGAG